CUACAAUUCCCAGCGACACGUCACAGCGUGCAGUUGCUACGGACAACAGCAGAGAAGCUUCAUCCUCCAUGCUACAUCCUGUGCAAAACGCUGCGAAACAUUGGCUGUCUCACGGUAUAUUUAAACAGGCGUUCGUAAGGAUAUCAUGUUUAUCUACCUCAGCAAAAAGAUUGCCAUCCCCAACAGUGUUCACUUAAAAUGUGUCUCUUGGAACAAAGACCAAGGCUUCAUUGCCUGUGGAGGUGAUGACGGUCUCUUAAAAGUGCUCAAACUUGAAACUCAGACAGAUGAUGCCAAACUUAAAGGACUUGCUGCGCCCAGUAAUUUGUCAUUGAACCAGACACUGGGGGGACAUGUUGGUGCAGUCCAAGUGGUCACAUGGAACGAACAAUAUGAAAAACUGACAACAAGUGACCAGAACGGACUCAUCAUUGUAUGGAUUCUCCACAAAGGUGCAUGGCAUGAGGAGAUGAUUAACAACAGAAACAAGUCCGUGGUGAGGAGUAUGAGUUGGAAUGCUGAUGGUCAAAAGAUAUGCAUUGUCUACGAAGAUGGGGCAGUCAUUGUUGGCUCAGUCGAUGGUAACCGGAUUUGGGGAAAGGAGCUGAAAGGAAAUCAGUUGGCUCAUGUGGCAUGGUCUCCAGACAGCAAAAUCCUGCUCUUCGGCAUGGCCAAUGGGGAAGUGCAAAUCUUUGAUAAUCAUGGCAAUUUCAUAAUGAAAUUGACCAUCAGCUGCCUAACUAAUGUGACGGGAGCUUUCAGGAUAGCUGGUAUCCACUGGUACGCAGGAACAUGCGGUUAUGUGGAACCCGAUUGCCCGUGUCUUGCUAUUUGUUUUCAGAAUGGAAGAUGUCAGAUAAUGCGUUACGAGACUGAUGAAAACCCAGUAUGCAUUGACACUUUGAUGAACGUCGUCAGCGUUCAGUGGAACCAUUGUGGUAGCGUGAUUGCAGUGGCUGGUUCCCUGAAAGCAUUGAAUUCGGAUGUAGAAAUCAAUGUGGUGCAGUUUUACACACCGUUUGGAGAGCACUUGAGAACCUUGAAAGUGCCUGGGAAGCAGAUGACGGGAGUUGCCUGGGAAGGUGGAGGUUUGCGAAUCAGCUUAGCUGUCGACUCCUACAUCUAUUUCGCAAACAUCAGACCAGAUUACAAGUGGGGAUACUGUUGCAGCACAGUGGUCUAUGCCUUCACUAAGCCAGAGCGCCAAGAUUACUGUGUGAUCUUCUGGGAUACUAAAAACAAUGAAAAGUUUACCAAGUAUGUCAAAAGCCUCAUGUCUAUUACCACCUCAGGGGACUUCUGUACUCUUGCUAGCAAGGCUGAUGACACCCAGCCACAGGGAAAUGCUGACUUUGAGUCUGGGAGUAAUGCAAAGUAUGUCCUGAUUUUGUGCAAUUCAAUUGGGACUCCGUUGGACUCAAAGUACAUUGACAUAAGUCCACUUUUUGUCACCAUGACCAGGACACAUGUGAUCGCUGCAUCGAAAGAGGCUUUCUACUUGUGGCAGUACAGAGUGGCGAAUAAAUUAACUGCUUUGGAGAUUAACCAAGUGACCAGAACAAAGAAGGAGGGAAGGGAAAGGGUGUAUCACAUUGACAGCAGUCCAACCGGAGUCAGUGACAAUGGAACAGACUUUACAAAUGCCUUCACAGCAACAAGAGAUCCUAUCUGUUGUAUUACAGCCACAGAUAAAACAUUAGUUGUGGGCCGUGAAUCGGGUAUCAUCCACAGAUACAGCCUGCCAAAUGUUGUACUCAUCCAGAGAUACACAAUGAACAGAGCCCACCAUCUCUCUAUAAACUGCAACUCCAGUCGCUUGGCCAUUAUCGACAUCUCAGGUGUGCUGACUUUGUUGGGCUUAGAAGUUUAUGCAUCCUCAGGUGAUGCCACAGGUAGUCAGGCAUCAUUAGGGGAUCCAUCAAAGUUUGAACGUAAGGAUGUUUGGGACAUGAAGUGGGCAAAAGACAACCCUGAUCUGUUUGCCAUGAUGGAGAAGACAAGGAUGUAUGUCUUCAGAAACCUAGACCCAGAAGAACCCAUACAAACAUCAGGAUAUAUAUGCAACUUUGAGGACCUUGAAAUCAAAUCGGUCCUGCUUGAUGAAAUCAUGAAGGACCCAAUGUGGCCUAAUAAAGACAACUUGAUCAACUUUGAAAUCCGUUCCUUGAGAGACAGCCGUGCUCUCAUUGAAAAAGUGGGAAUCACAGAUGCUUCACAGUUCAUUGAGGACAAUCCCCACCCGAGGCUCUGGCGACUGCUCGCUGAGGCAGCCCUCCAAAAAUUAGACUUGAAAACAGCUGAGCAGGCGUUUGUCCGCUGCAAAGACAACCAAGGCAUAGAGUUUGUCAAGCGCCUCGGUAACCUGCAGAGCGAGCCCAUGAAGCAAGCAGAGGUGGCAGCCUACUUUAGCAGGUUUGAAGAAGCCGAGCGGAUGUACUUGGACAUGGACCGCAGGGAUCUCGCCAUUAGCCUUCGGAUGAAGCUUGGAGACUGGUUUAGGGUGCUCCAGCUCCUGAAAACUGGUUCUGGGGACUGUGAUGAUGCUCUAUUGGAGCAAGCUUACAAUGCCAUUGGAGACUACUUUGCUGACAGACAGAAAUGGGCAAAUGCGGUGCAAUACUACCUUCAGGGCCGCCACCAGGAGAAGCUGGCAGAAUGUUACUACAUGUUGGAGGACUAUGAUAACCUCGACAAGCUCACCAAUUCCCUCCCAGAAAACCAUAAACUUUUGCCGGAGAUUGGGCAGAUGUUUACUACAGUGGGCAUGUGCGAACAGGCUGUCAACGCCUACCUUAAGUGUAACCAGCCCAAAGCUGCUGUUGACACGUGUGUCCAUCUAAACCAGUGGAACAAAGCAGUGGAACUUGCCAGGACCCACAACAUGAAGGAGAUUAAACCUCUUCUUUCCAAGUAUGCAUCACAUCUCCUUGAGAAGAACAACAUUUUGGAGGCAGUGGAAUUGUAUCAGAAAGCUCACCAUUUUCUUGAUGCCGCCAAACUUAUAUUUAAGAUAGCAGAUGAGGAGGCCAAGAAAAGGACUCGGCCACAGCGGGUGAAAAAGUUGUAUGUGCUGGCUGCUCGACUUGUAGAAAAUCAUCAUGAGCAAAAGAAGACGUCGCAGCAGAGUAAAACCAAAGGGAAGAAGUCAGAGGCAACAUUUGCACUCGCUGGACUUCUGGAGGAAGACGCCACAUCUUCUGACAAUCAUGUUCUGGACAACGCGUGGCGAGGAGCAGAGGCGUAUCACUUCUUUCUGCUUGCUCAAAGGCAACUCUAUGAAGGGUACACUGAGAAUGCCAUGCACACAGCCCUUCACCUCCGUGAGUAUGAGGACAUCAUCCCUGCAGUGGAGAUCUAUUCCCUUCUUGCCAUCUGUUCAGCAGCCAACAGGGCCUUUGGCACAUGCUCACAGGCCUUCAUCAAGCUGGAGUCUCUGGAGAGUCUGGACCAGGAGCAGCGGCUGCAGUAUGAAGAUCUGGCCAUGGAGAUCUUCACCAAGCAUUCACCAAAAGAUAGCCGCAAGCUGGAGCUAGAUGCUGCAUCAGAAGGAGUGGAAAAGUUACCCACCUGCAUCGUGACGGGUCUCUCCAUCCAGGACUACCACUUUUGGAUGUGCAGCGAGUGCAAGCACUGUGCUCAAAGCCAUGAGAUCGGCAAAUAUAACUACUGCCCGCUUUGUCACAGUCGUAUAGGCUGAA